AUGUGCUUGGUAUUUGUGUGUGAUGAGGAUGAGAGGGUGAUAGGAAGGCAACCAGCAACUGGGGCAUGUCCUUACUGUGGAGGGAUGGUUCAAGCCAUGGAUGUCGAGAGCCAGUGGAGGUUUUGUUUCUUGCCUGUGUAUUUCAAGAACAAGAGGAGAUAUUAUUGCUCUCUUUGUGCUAGAAAAUUAGUGGUCCAAUAG